UCACCCUACGUCCCCUCUCCUCCCCACUCCUUCCUCCGCCUCGCCCGUCUCCUUCCUCCAGCUGGAGGCGGUCAACACACCGACGCCGUCGAGGCAGUCGCUCCUGACUGCUGCGGCUUUUGUUGAGAGCCCUCCUGCCUCCUAGGAGCUCCUCUGGUGCUGGUAAGUUAAAUCUCGACCUCGCCACCGUCGUUCCACCCUCACACUUCACACUCCUAUUCUUCCUUUCCUCUCCUCGUCAGAUAUCUCUUCAGGCCGCCCUGCUGGACUCGCAAGGAGUUGUGGCUUCAAAACGUCGAGUUGAGCCAUGGCUUCCGAAGACUUCCACCUGCCUGAGCUCACCCAAUCCAGCUUCGCAGGCCAGCCCUACCAGCUGUACCGCACGCAGACUGACCCUCCGUUCUACUUUCCUUCUUAUGACGCUGAGUAUCACCCGUCUCAAUCGGCGUCUCUCGCUUCACUCCGCCCAGUUCGAGUCUCGGCUAUCGAGCGGGCCGGAAUCAAGAUGACCGCGCAGGCGACCAUCACUUUCUCACGACCGGGCGUGAAGCCUCCGGUAUACGUGGUAAGCUCGCUGAAUGUCCCCCCGUGGGCCGCCGUCGAGAUGGACGUCAGUCCAUACAAGACCGACUCCGGUGAUCUGAUGUUCACCCGACAUUUCGAGAACGUACCGGAGGGCGAAUUCCAGUACAAGGUCCGAAUCGGCGAGGCUCAAUGGGCUAUUGACCAUUGUGUGCGAACCAUCAUCGAUGAAAGUGGCAUAAGCAACAACAUUGGGGUUGCUGUGUGUGAUCCCCAACCUGAUCCGGCGAGGGUUUCUCCAGACGCAACGGCGAAGGAGAAGCGCUACGGCACGAACCCAACCCCAGGCCAGGCCACAGUCCCUCCAACGUUUGGUCAGGGAGCCGAAGAGCAGCAGGGCCGCGAAGGACGUAUCGACAGCUCCACUGAUGAGACUCAGUUGCCGGCUGCUCCUCAGAUAGUCGUGCAAGAGGAGCCGCAUCUCGAGCCAGGUACUGAAGAGGAGCGCGCCGCGCCCCUCUUUCCCCACGAGUCUCUCAGCUCAGGGCCCGGCAUAUUGACCCCGUCGGAUGACAGCGACUCCGGGGGUCGUCCCACGUUCCACCACCAGAACGCCGCAGAUCAAUCCAUCCUCGCCCCGAGACUCACGCCUAGCAACGCCUCCCUCUUUUCUCAUGAUGCCGGCGGACUCAGGGCCAGUAACGCUUCCGUGUUCUCCAGCGAAACCGGCUUCUUUGGCCCGAUGGACGACGUCGACGAGUUAAGCCACGGUCCCCUCCUCUCUCAUGAGAGGGGGUUGAACCGCAAUGAACUUGACGACGGCCCACUAUUCCCACACGAGACGGACAUGUCCCGCCAAUACCAUAGCCAACAGCAGUGGAGGGCUAGGAACCUCUCGGAGGCCAACAUUGAUCUCUUCACCGCACCACAGGACGGCGGCCUUGACACCCGUCCUUCUGAGCUCGAUCGCCCCCCUAGCCUCAGCCAUGAGAUCCUCCGGCCGGAUGUCUACGUGCCCGGAGCGCCUGUCACCCGCCGCCAGCGUACAACGAUCAAGGACGAGGCCCCUCUCAUGGCCCACGAGCGGCCGCCAUUGUCCUAUAUGACCGAAGCGCCUGUCACCCGGCACGCGCGUACACCGACCAACAACGAGGCUCCUCUUCCCAAUGAGCAGUCGGCAUCCGCUCCCAGUGAGCGUACAUCAAGUAUCGCCUCUUUUGGAACGUUCCUUCGUCGCACCACAGCAGCGGAACCAAUCUUCGGACAGCGGGGCGGUUUUGCGUGGGAUCGAAAUUCGGGCCGCAGCAGCCUACCUCAUAGUCUGCCCCCGUCCGAUGAAGAGGAUGACAACCUUCGAGACCCAUCUUUGGAAGUAUUUCCUACAUCUAGAGAGCAGAUCUUACACCGAGUUGCGACAAUUAGCACACAUCUGCCGGAGGAUGAGAGCUCUGGCUCGCCUUAUAAUGCGCAGUCCCCAGACCCCAGUGUGCUAUCGCAAGCGUGCUCCUCGGUCGAGCUGGCCCCAAUCAGCUCUCAUCUCUCGCUACGUGCAAUCGCGGAAGAUACCGUUCUCGAGGAUGAGGAGGACGGUAACGACUCGAACCUUCCGUCGCCUGCCCUUAUGAUUCCGACCAAGUCAGCUACAGCCGACCAAGUUGAACCCCGCGAGGACGAGACCAGCGGCGACGAGCUCGCUACGCCAAUGCCGCGGGAGGAGUGGCUAGAGUCCGCUUCGGUCGGAGCGGAACAGGAGCCAACUGUACAUUGUGCGCAGUCUAGCGACCCAGAGAGAAUCAGGAAGCGGAACGGCGCCAGUGACGGGACGAAGCGUUUCGGAAGGGUUUUCAACACGGUCGCGACCCCCACCACUGUUCUUAAUCCACCGACGCCACCAAUGGCUCCAGAGAGAGCUUUGGUCAACCCAAACGGACGGCGAACAUACCCUCGUCCCCUCACUCGAGAGUCAAUGAGGAUUUCCCCGGCGCCACCUCGCUUUCCCGUCGGAGGACCCUCAGAUUCGCCACCACCAAACCCGGAUGACUUCCGGACGCCCACGCCGACGCAACUAGCAGAGCCCGAGAAUGAGGGCUUCUUCACGCAACUACUGCAUGCCAUGUUCUGCUGCAGCGGAAUGCGGUCGACAAGGUAAACUCGAACUUCACUUCGAUAUCGCAAAACAUCGCCGUAUCGACCUGCCCGCGAGGCCGACAAUCGGUGCCAUCUGUGGCUAAUUUUCGACAUCUUUCUUCCUUCUUUUUCUUAUCUUCGGCACCAUUUCCUCGGCUGACAGGGAUCAGUACCGCGGUAUUCG